CCCAUAAAAGUGGCAUCACAAUCGAGAAAUUGUUCAGUAUCUGACAUAUCACGGGCCCAUAUCACUUUUGCAAUAUGCGAUUUGAGGGUAAAUCGUCGUUAAUUCUUUUGAGCGUGGCAAUAUUUUGCCAUGUUGUCUCUUCAUCGCCCAUUAGCAAUGAGCCGAAAUUUUACUACGACCUUUUCAAAGAAAUCUCCAGCACAUAUGGCUCGAAAAGUCUUGUCUACUCUCCAUUUUCUGUACAAACAUGUUUGACCAUGGCCAGCUUUGGUGCUGCAGGAAAAACUGCCACCGAUCUUCAAAAGAGUCUAGUCUUUGUUGGCCAAACUACAGAGAGUGUGGCCGAAAGCUUCCACUCCAUCUUGGCCAAGUACGAAAACAGCAAAUACCUUAAUAUUGCCAAUAAAUUCUAUGUCAUGGAUGGCUACAAAGUCAAGCAACAAUUCAAUGAAAUAUUGAGCAAUAAGUUCUUUUCCUCAGCCGAAAAUAUUGAUUUCCAGCAAAGCGAAAAAUCCACCGAAAUAAUCAACAAUUGGGUUAAGUCGAAAACGGACAAUGCCAUUAGCGAUCUCGUGAAGCCGGGUGUCAUCACCGGCGAUACGCGUUUGUUCUUGCUAAGCGCCAUUCAUUUCAAGGGCAGCUGGGAGAAACCUUUUGCAGCGGAAGCCACCAAAGAAGGUGAUUUCUAUACAGAUGAGACUCAUGCCGUAAAAUUGCCACUAAUGUAUAAAGAGGAAAGUGUAUUGUUUGGUUGGUAUCAAGAUUUGGAAGCUUCGGCUAUACGUUUGCCCUACGCAGAUUCGGAUCUCUCAAUGGUCAUUGUCUUGCCCCAUAAACGCAGUGGAUUAUCUGCAGUGCUGCAGAAAUUGGAAAAAAUGUCAUACAAUACGUUUUUGCAAAACAUGAAAAAGUCUUCACGCAGCAUACAUAUCGUGGUGCCUAAAUUCAAAGCUGAGUUGGAUGUUGAACUGAACGAUGUGCUGAAAAGGAUGGGCAUGGAAAGCAUGUUCGAUGGCGCUGACUUUAGCAAUAUGCUGGACACUACCGAGAACAUAAAAAUUCGUACAGUUCUACACAAGGCUGUCAUUGAGGUGAAUGAGGAAGGCACUAAAGCAUCUGCUGCUACAGGAAUGGAAGGAAUGUACUUUUCUAUGCCACAAGUCUUUCGAGCUAAUCAUCCAUUUUACUAUGCUAUCAUCAACGAAGAUUUAAUUCCAUUAUUCGAAGGCACUUUUAUUGGUGUUUAAUUAAAUUAAAAUUAAAUUAUUGUCUUAGAGUUACG